CAUAAGACGCCAACUUGUCGAUUCUCACAGCUCUCCCAAAUCCCGGUGAUUUCGGAUUCGAUAUUGUUCGGAAUCUUCUGAACCUUGUUGUUCAAGGGAGCUUUGCCAAGAGUUUGUCUCAUAAUGAUGCCUGUAAUUGAGCUGGAGCAUGGAUGGUCCUUAAUGGAGACUGGUAUUUUAAAGCUUAAGAGGAUUCUCGAAGGAUGUCCUGAGAACUUUUCGGGGGAAGAAUAUAUUGCUCUAUACUCGGCUGUCUACAAUAUGUGCGUCCAGAAGAUUCCUAAAGAUUUCUCUAAGCAGCUUUAUGAUAACUAUGCUGAUGUUAUUAACGCUUAUAAUAAGGAAACAGUGUUGCCUUAUAUAAGGACGAAGCAUGGCGAAUAUAUGCUUAGAGAGUUUGUUCUCAGAUGGAAUAACCAUAAAGUUCUGGUUAGAUGGUUAUCCCGUUUCUUCUACUACCUUGACCGUUACUUCACUGCUAGGAAUAAUCUUCCAUCACUGAAUCUUGUUGGCUUGACAUCCUUCCGCGACCUGGUUUAUCAAGAGGGGCAGUCCAUUGCCAAAGACGCUGUACUAGCACUUAUUCAUAAAGAACGUGAGGGCGAACAAAUUGAUAGAGCACUGCUGAAAAACGUAGUAGAGGUCUAUGUUGGGAAUGGACUGGGAGAGAUGGAGAAAUACGAAGACGACUUUGAAUCUUUCAUGCUUCAUGAUACCGCAUCUUACUAUUCUUGCAAGGCCUCAAGCUGGAUCGAGGAGGCUUCUUGUCCUGAUUACAUGCUAAAGUCUGAAGAGUGUCUAAAAAAGGAGAAGGAGAGAGUCAGUCACUACCUUCAUUCAUCCACAGAGCCCAAACUAAUUGAGAAAGUACAACAUGAAUUGUUGGUUGUGGUUACUAAAAGGCUUAUAGAAAACGAGCACUCAGGGUGCCGUGCCUUGCUAAGAGAUAACAAGAUGGAUGAUCUCGCCAGGAUGUACAGGCUUUAUCAUUUAAUCCCGCAAGGGUUGGACCCUGUUGUAGACUUAUUCAAGCAGCAUGUUACUGCAGAGGGAAAUGCCCUUAUCAAACAAGCUGCCGACGCAGUUACUGAUCAGGCUGAAAGUGCUAGUGGCGUGCAGGUGCAGGACCAGGUGCUUAUCAGAAAAAUAAUUGAGCUACAUGAUAAAUACAUGGUCUAUGUCGAUGAGUGUUUUCAGAAGCACACCCUCUUCCAUAAGGCAUUGAAAGAGGCAUUUGAAGUCUUCUGUAACAAAACAGUGGCUGGAGUGUCCAGUGCCGAAAUACUUGCAACGUAUUGCGAUAAUGUCCUGAAGAAAGGAGGAGGAACUGAGAAGCUUAGUGAUGAAGCAAUUGAAGAAACGCUUGAGAAAGUGGUUAAGUUGCUGUUUUAUAUAAGCGACAAGGAUCUUUUCGCCGAGUUUUACAGGAAGAAACAAGCCAAACGGCUCUUAUUUGAUCGCAGUGGUAGUGAUGAUCACGAAAGAAGUAUACUCACGAAGUUAAAAGAACUACUCGGUGGGCAGUUUACUUCUAAGAUGGAGGGCAUGGUGACGGAUAUGACAUUGGCAAAAGAUACUCAAAUCGGAUUUGUGGGAUAUCAAUCCGACAAGACAAAGCUGGGGAUUGAUUUUACUGUUACUGUUCUUACUACUGGUUUUUGGCCAAGUUACAAAACAUCCGACCUAAAUCUACCCAGUGAAAUGGUAAACUGUAUUGAAGCUUUUAAGGCCUAUUAUGCAACAAACACCAAACACAGGAGACUUUCAUGGAUUUUCUCUCUAGGAACUUGUCAUAUCCUUGGAAGAUUCGAUAAAAGACCACUCGAGUUGAUCGUUACCACCUACCAGGCUGCUGUGCUAUUGCUCUUUAACAACGCAGAUAGAUUAAGCUACACUGAGAUCUUGGAGCAGCUUAACCUCAGCCAUGAAGAUCUUGCCAGGCUGCUUCAUUCACUUUCAUGCCUAAAGUACAAGAUUCUUAUUAAGGAACCAAUGUCGAGGAGCAUCUCGAAAACAGAUACCUUUGAAUUCAAUUCCAACUUCACUGAUAAGAUGCGGAGAAUUAGGGUUCCCCUUCCACCAAUGGAUGAGCGUAAGAAAGUUGUUGAGGAUGUUGAUAAAGAUAGACGCUAUGCAAUUGAUGCGGCUCUGGUUAGGAUAAUGAAGAGCAGAAAAGUGUUGGGGCAUCAACAGUUGGUGUCGGAAUGUGUCGAGCAUCUUAGCAAAAUGUUCAAGCCUGAUAUUAAGAUGAUAAAGAAACGAAUUGAAGACUUGAUCACCAGAGAUUAUUUGGAAAGGGAUAGCGAAAACCCCAACACUUUUAAGUAUCUGGCUUAGUCACAAAGAGUUUUAAAAAAAAAACAAAGGGGUGUUAUUGUUAUUGUUUUCUCUUUUUUUUUUUGGUUUUCGGUUUUGUAAAUGACCUUACAUUCUUUUUGUCGGAUCAUUGGAAAAAAGAACAAAUUUCUCUUCACCUUCUUCGUUUUCCAGACAAUUAUUGUGUCGCCAUACUUUACUUUGUGGGUGAUUUUCUAGG